AUGGGUGGGUCAAUGUCGAGGAUUGUGUCAGGUAUAUAUAUUGGUGGGGUCGCCAGUGCACAAGCCAAGUCUCAACUUGAGGAAUACGGUAUUACACACGUAUGCAGUGUUCUCCAUUACGAUUUCAAGUGCCCCUCCAGGAAACACAAAUUAUUUCGCGCAGAUGAUGAUGCUAAGCAGGACAUAUCUAAAUUCUUUAGAGAUGCGUGCUUUUUCAUUCAUGAGGCCAGAGUUUCUGGGGGUACAGUUUUGGUUCACUGUGCCUGUGGUGUAUCGCGUAGUGUAACAAUAACUAUCGCCUAUCUGAUGACUAUAACAAAUAUGCCCUUGCCGAAAUUGGUUAAAGCAGUUAUCGCUGCAAGACCAUGUGCUUGUCCGAAUAGUGGAUUUUUGGAACAAUUAAGGGACUAUGGAAGAUCUGGUGCUGCAGCAAAAGUCAGACAAGAACUUUUUGCACAUUUCGGUGAAUGGCCUAAAGAAAAACUGGAUGCUGAUAUUGCUCAAUUAACAGAACUGUUGCUAAGACCAGAAAGGGCUACUUGUAUUGGUGCAACCGGUGGUAUUGUAGUUCCAGAUGAUAGUUUUGGAGAUGCUGUUGAUACUAGCAGUAGUAAUAUAAAAUCGGGGAAUCAUUCACCACAGACAUACAUUAUAAGAAAACCGGAAAGUUUUACAAUCUAUCAAGAUAAACCAUUGUAUAUGCAAAGAUUACUUGCUGAAUGUGAUGAUACAGCGUCGACUAUAUCGACAUCAUCAUCAGUGACAGACAUCACACCACAGAAAAGCGGUGGUGAUAACAGGUAAUUUCAUUCAGAUUUGUAAUCUUCGAUUACUCUUCUUAUCGGUAUUAUCAUUAGCAUUAGCAUUAUUAUCACGACCAAUAAUAAUAAUUGUAAGUAAAACUACCUUCACCAAUUAAUCCCCGUUUAUGAAACAAUCAAUAUCUUUAUGUGUAAUCUAUUUCCUUCUUCCCCGUCUUCUUCUUCUUCUACUUCCUUUUCAUUAUCCCUGCAUUUUUAUGAAUCUCUAAAUAUGUACACAAGAUCUUUGCUUAUAUAGCGUGAAUUGUCUGCCCACAUACUGUACUUCUACUUCAAACAAGAACUUGGCAUUAAUCGAUGAAAUCCUUGACAGUUAGUUUGAGUUAACCAUAUAAGGGAGGAGGAGGAGGUGUUGGACUGCCUUGGUGAGGUCGUCGGCGGAUUCUAAGAUCCACUGGCUGUGUAAUAUGACUCGAAAUCAUUGUCACUCUUUCUGAUCUGCCCUAUAUCUGUGUUGUUAAGUCCUACCACUUACCAUUCUUUCUCUGUCACAUUUCUCCAGCUUAGUAUUUGUUCUUUCGAAUCUCUCUCUUUUUGUUCUCUCUCUUUCGCUUUUGUCUUCAAUUUUUGUGCCCAUAUGGAGUAUGGUGGUGGUGCAACCCUUGAACACUGACUGUGCUACAACAACUUUCUGUGCAAAAGUUCUUCUUCCUUGCUGCUGCUGCUGAAACCACUAGUCAGGCAGUCACUCACUACUUCUACUGCUUUGCUUUUAUUACGUGCAAAAAUUAAAAAAAAAUAGAAUAUGUGCAAAUUCAUUAACUAAAAAAAGUGUGUUUACUUUUACACCUUAUUUUUGUACACCUUCGUUUCGAGAUAUUCUUUUUCUACCAUCAUCAUCAUCACCAUCACCACCCCUCCCAGACAUCGC